AUGCAAAUCUUUGUCAAGACACUUACUGGUAAAACCAUCACUCUCGAAGUAGAGUCCUCUGACUCUAUUGAAAAUGUAAAACAAAAGAUUCAAGACAAGGAAGGUAUUCCACCAGAUCAACAACGUUUAAUCUUUGCCGGCAAACAAUUAGAGGAUGGUCGUUCACUAAGUGACUAUAAUAUACAAAAGGAAUCAACACUUCAUUUGGUAUUACGUCUUCGUGGUGGUAUGCAGAUUUUUGUAAAAACAUUAACUGGGAAAACAAUUACACUCGAAGUGGAGUCCUCUGAUUCUAUUGAAAAUGUAAAACAAAAGAUUCAAGACAAGGAAGGUAUUCCACCAGAUCAACAACGUCUAAUUUUUGCCGGUAAACAAUUAGAGGAUGGCCGUUCACUAAGUGACUAUAAUAUACAAAAGGAAUCUACUUUACAUUUAGUAUUACGUCUUCGUGGUGGUAUGUCAGCUGAUGAGUCAUCCAAUAGUCAAAGUUCUACUGCACAAAAGAAGAAGAAUAGAUGCGCAUACCAAAGUUGUUCUGAUAAAAUUGUAAAAAUUAUUGGUGAUUGUAGAUAUUGUCAACAUAAAUUCUGUGCUCGUCAUCGUUUACCAGAAGCACAUUCUUGUGAAAACUUGACAAGUUGUAAGCAAGCUGCUCAUGAAAGAAAUAGUAUAAAGUUAUUAAGUGAACGUUGUGUUGCAAGCAAAGUAUAA